AUGGCUGAGCAACGCAGAGGCCCCGGAAGGCCCAGAACAAGGAAUGUGGAGCCCGAGCAAUCAGCCGGAGGUGCAGGCGUGCCUUGGCAACAGAUGAUGCAGCAGAUGAUGCAGCAGAACCAGAUGAUGGCUCAAAUGAUGCAAGGCAUGCAAGGACAACAACCUCCUACUCAAGCUCCCGUACCUCAAGCUGCAGCUGGACCAGAUUUUCGUGCCUUCUUCAGGAUGGAUCCUCCGGAGUUCGUUGGUGGACUUGACUCACUCUUGGCUCAUGAUUGGUUAGCUGGUAUGGAGAGGGUGUUUCAAGCUAUUCAGUGUACUGAAGAAGAGAAGGAGAUUCCUAAGGAUUGGCAACACUUCAAGGUUGCAUUCUUGGAGAAGUAUUUUCCUAAUAGUGUGAGAACUCAGAAGGAGCGAGAAUUUCAGAACUUCAAACAAGGUGACAUGUCUGUUUCAGAAUAUGCAGAGAAGUUCGAGGACUUGGCAGACUACUCCAGACAGGCUGUUUAUGCUCCAGAUGAAUUAUGGAAGAUCGAUCAGUUCAUGAUGGGUUUGAGGGCCGACAUUGCCCAUAGCGUUUCCCAAAGAGAGUUCACCACUUAUGCUGAAUGUCUAAGACAAUGCUAUGUUGCUGAAAACAGUUUGAAGAGGGUUCAGGAAGAGAGGAACCAGAACAGGGCUAAUUUCAGAGAGCAAGGGAGAUCUACUCAAAACUUGAGGCCCCGUAAUCCUCCACCAAAGAUGAAGCAAAGCCACGGUGACCGUUUCCCCCGACCACCCUUUUGUGAUAAGUGUAGGAGGAAGCACACUGGAAAUUGUGAAGUUUAUCCUGUCAGAUGUUUUGAGUGUGGCGAGCAAGGUCACGUGAUGAGGAAUUGCCCAAAGAAGGGAGCUCCAGGAAAGACUGCAGGUCGUGUUUACACUUUGGAUUCAAGGAAGGCAAAGGGAAACAACAAUCUUAUUGCGGCUUGA